AUGGAUGACCAAAACCCCUCCUCUGCGACUGUCCGUGAACCUCCUCAGUCUUUGUCUUCCGAUCUUGUCCUCGUAUCCUCUCCAUCAGCACAAAACAAGUCUCACGAACCAACGCUAGACAACAACACUCCGAGAACCCUUCAAGAUUGCUUGCCAUCUGUGUCUCGCAGAACCAGGCCACGCAGAACCUUUCAUAAGUUCAAUUGUCUGCCCCUAGAGCUUAAGUGCUUGAUUUGGGACUAUUCAUAUGAACAAAGAAUGGUUGAAGUACGUCUUAACCCCCUCUCUGACCAAAACGGCAUUCACGACUUCGUCUCCACACAUCACAAUCCCUCAGUCCUGCAUACCAACAAAGAAUCACGCAAUCACUAUCUCGGAAAGUUUAUUCGUUUGGGUAACUCAACAAGUCGCAAUGAUAUCUACUUCCAUCCAGAGAUCGACAUAAUCUACAUCAGAAAUCUUGAAGAUCACAACCCUCAGUUGAACGCUGCUGGUUUGCACGCCGAAGAAGUAGUGAGACGCAUCCCAAACAAGGAAAAGAUUAAAAACCUUGCAGGCGACUGGUGGUUUGCUGAAGGAAACAUAGAAGGAUUGGAUAACCAUGAAUUUAACAUUCUAUCCUGGGCUUUCCACUUUCCCUCUCUCAAACGACUCUUCCGAGUUGAGGAGUUCAACUAUGAAGCUUAUUGCUUCGGCUCGGACUUCAUUGACCAUGAACAUAACGAUGUGCACCGAGAGAUUAAUUUCGGAGACAACCUGACCGAAAAACGAACAUACUUCACCGCCAUUGGUCACAGCAGCUUUUUCAAUGAAGACCACAACGAUGUCGGCCUUUCACUGGAUAUGGUAUCUCAUUUCUUGGAAAAGAGGCAAUUGAUCACAUGUAGGAAGAAGUGGGAGAGAAUGUUGGAAGAUAUCGUAAUGCUAGGAGGAUUGGGCGAACCGUGGACUUCAGCAGUGGCACCUCCUAUUGAGGAAUUCUAUGAUGUUCUUGCAUUCACCUGCCACAUCCCAGCGGAAGAUUAUUAUUGUUACUGA